AUGGCGUCCGCACUCUUCUUCCUGGACCUGAAGGGCAAGACCCUUCUGGCCCGCAACUACCGCGGAGACAUCCCCAUGUCCGCUGUCGAGAAGUUCCCUAUCCUCCUGAGCGACGCCGAAGAAGAAAGCUCCGCCGUUCCUCCCUGCUUCUCCCACGAGGGCAUUAAUUACCUUUAUAUCCGUCACAGCAACCUCUACAUCCUCGCGUUGACGAAGCGGAAUACAAAUGCCACCGAGAUCCUUCUGUUCCUCCACAAAUUAGUGGAGGUCUUCACUGAAUACUUCAAGGUGCUGGAGGAGGAGAGUAUCCGAGACAACUUUGUUGUAAUCUACGAAUUGCUGGACGAGAUGAUGGACUUUGGAUACCCGCAAACAACAGAAAGCAAAAUCUUGCAAGAGUAUAUCACCCAAGAAUCACACAAACUCGAAGUGCAAGCCCGACCACCCAUUGCCGUUACAAAUGCCGUCUCUUGGCGAAGUGAGGGCAUCCGUUAUCGCAAGAAUGAAGUUUUCCUGGAUGUGGUCGAGUCUCUCAAUCUGUUGGUUUCGGCGAACGGAAACGUGCUUCGGUCUGAGAUCUUGGGCGCCGUUAAGAUGAAGUGUUAUCUGAGCGGUAUGCCUGAGCUGCGAUUGGGCUUGAACGAUAAGGCGAUGUUCGAGACCACAGGCCGUGCUACACGAGGCAAGGCUGUGGAGAUGGAAGAUGUCAAGUUCCACCAGUGCGUGCGCUUGUCGCGAUUCGAGAACGAUCGAACAAUCAGUUUCAUUCCCCCGGAUGGCGAGUUUGAGCUCAUGAGUUACCGGCUGAACACACAAGUGAAGCCCUUGAUUUGGGUUGAGUGCUUGGUGGAAUCUCACUCAGGAUCACGAAUUGAAUACAUGCUGAAGGCCAAAGCACAAUUCAAACGUCGCAGCACUGCCAAUAAUGUUGAGAUCAUCGUGCCCGUCCCCGAAGACGCAGAUUCUCCCCGGUUCCGCACCAACAUCGGUACCGUUCACUACGCCCCCGAAAAGUCCGCGAUUGUCUGGAAAAUCAAGCAAUUCGGUGGUGGCAAGGAGUUCCUCAUGCGGGCGGAGCUAGGUCUGCCGUCCGUGAAGGGAGAUGACGAGACUGGUGGUGGUAUGACUGGUGGAUUCGGAGGCAGCAUGGGCGGCGCCGGCGCCAUAGGUAAGGCUAAGCGGCCCAUCAACGUCAAGUUUGAGAUCCCCUACUUCACUACCAGUGGUAUCCAGGUGCGGUACCUGAAAAUUACUGAGCCAAAGCUGCAAUAUCCCUCACUACCCUGGGUUCGCUACAUCACACAAUCAGGCGACAUCGCCGUCCGUAUGCCGGACGUCCAAUAG